AUGAAUAUUUUACCAAAAAAACGUUGGCAUGUUAGAAAUAAAGAUAAUAUUGCACGAGUUUUACGUGAUGAAAAAAAAGCAGCUGAUGAAGAAGAAAAAGCAAUACGAAGAAAAACUUUAGCUGAACAAGAAGAUCGUCUUAACCAUUUACGUGCUAACCGCGGUGAUCAAUUAAUUCAAUUUCAAAGCGCAGAUCAAGCAUCACAAAAACCCACAGAGCAUGUUAAUUUAUUUCAACUUGAAGAACAAGGCUUAAAAGCCCAUGAUGCUACUAAUGCUGAACAUGAAAAAGAAAAAAAAGCUGAAACAGAAGACUUCGAGAAAAAAUUAGGUCUAUUAACGUACCUUGGUGGUAGUGUUGUAGAAAGUAAAGGAAAUGUUCCAUGGUAUAUGGAACGAGGAGCAAACAAACAACUCACAUCGAAAGAAGUACCUAAAGUUGAUAAAGAAGAACGUGAUCGUUUACGUAUUCAAAAACAAGAUCCUCUCAAUCAUAUGUCAAAAUAUGUCGAUGAUUUAAAACGAAAACGUGACGAUGAAACUAAAUCUUCUUCUACGAAUGUUAAAAAACCGACUUCAUCAAUUUCAUCAUCAUCAUCAUCAUCUCGUAUUGAACAAUUACGAGCUGAAAGGUAA